AAAGAAAAUGAAGUAAAAAGUUGAGACACUAGUACUUACAAUUGUUCCAAGAGUUCCAUCGCUUCAGGAUUGAUCUGACUAGUCACAUAAACCUUAGGGAGUGACAUUUUUCCACCAUAAAAUCGAGAUUGUGAGGCAAAGAUAUUCGGCUCUUUAAGUUCCUGUGGAAGUGAGUGAAAGAAUUUGAUAGCCCAAUAGCCUGGACCAGUUUGACACCUAUUGGAAUAAGAUCCCCUCUAUGUGAUGUUUGGUACUGGUGAACUUCUUUAUGGGUUAUAAAUUUAGAGAUUUCCCUUUUAAUAGUAUGAAUUCUCACAAAUCAAGUACCACCCAGUUUCCAGAUUUUUUUACUACAAAAGGACCAUUGCCACUGACUGUAACCCCAUUGAAGUUUGGAAAACGCACCUAUUAUCAAUCUUCUUUAGUAACUGAAAACGCAGACAAUGAGCCUGAUAGAAAACCACAUCUUAAACCCUAUAUGGAUAAUGAUGAAGGAAUGAUUGACUGUGGAGACAUGGAAGAUGACUACGAUAUAAUCCUGAACAAAACAGGAAAGUUUCAAACUUCGUUUUAUGUACCAUCUUCUUUACUUUCUUUUAUCAUCGGUGUCAAAGGAGCUAGACUAAAGUCUUUACAAAAAAGCACAAAUACAGAAAUUAAAAUCCCUAGAAUCAAUGAAAAGGGGGACGUGAUUAUUAUAGGAGAUACUGAACGGAAAGUGGCAUCAGCAAGAACACAAAUUGCUAUUAUUGUUGAGCAGCGGAAGCAAAAAAUGCAACCCACUCAUUUUGUUGCAAUUCCUAUAGAGUCUGAUACAAUUAGAGAAAAUCUGCUUAAGUUUCAAGAAACUAUUUUACAAAUUUCUCCAAGAGGUGUUACGAACUCUUUAUUUCAAAAACCACAAAAAGUCCAUUUGACUUUGGUUGUUUUAACUCUGUUAGAUGAUGAGGAGCUUAAGUUGGCCAAACAAACAUUAGAGUCUUGCUACCAACAAGAAAUCCUAAAAGUUUUUGAAAAAAACAGCAGGCACAAUGUAACUGUACAAGGACUUGAAAUAAUGAACGAUGAUCCUUCAUCAGCUUACGUCCUUUAUGCAAAAGUUCACAUGCAAAAUGCACAACUUUUAAGUAAACUCCAAGACAUGUGUGAUAAGAUUUCAAAUGCCUUUCAACGUGUAGGAUUGGCUAAGAAAGAAUACGAUAGAGUGAAAUUGCACAUGACAGUGAUGAACACUAGUUUCCGAAAUCCCAAUGAGGAACGGAUGCCAUUUGAUGCUUCGGAGAUAUUGGAAAAGCAUAAGGACUUUUAUUUUGGGGAAUUUGAACUAAAAGAGAUUCAGAUUUGUAUUAGAGGAACUACUACGACAGAAAGUGGGGAGCCUAAGUAUUAUGAUACGGCAUUAAGAAUACCUUUGUGAAUAUAUUGGGCCAUAAAUUGCUUAGUAGUUUUUAAACUACACUAUGUCUAUUCUUCGCAAAAUGUAAUAAAAAUAGAUUGAUAAGUUGUAAAAAACCCGCAGAAAUAAUUAUUUGUUAAAUUUAUUUUUUGUACAUUCUAUAUAUUAAAACAAAACAUGUUUUAUUAAAAAAAA